AUGGAAUAUCACGAUGAUGAAGUAGGUUUCAAACCAGAUCCAGUUUUUACAAACUCUAGACCAAAAUGGGUUGAAGAUUCACACUGCCACAAUUGUCAUAAAUGUAAAGCUAGUUUUACACUUUUAAAUAGAAGACAUCAUUGUAGAAGAUGUGGUUUAGUAUUUUGUAACAGAUGUUCAUCAAAUGAAGCUAAAAUUCCUCAAUUAAACUACAACUUUGUCCCAGUUAGAGUUUGUGAUGAAUGUUACAGAAUGGUUAACAUGUAA